CGUAAGUCCUCUUUUGAAGGAGAUUAGAUGCUGCGCAUACGCUUUGAAACAGAACAUGACUGACAAGCAAAAAGUCAUCGUCGCUCUGACGUCUGCGUCCGAGACAUGCACCGCUGCACUCUCCGCACUCGCUUCCCGGAAUCAGCGCAAUAAAUUUGAGCCCCAAACCUCCGAUCUCGCUGUGAUCGUAAAAGACCUAGACUCUCUCCUUUCUAUGAUAUACAACACCAGCACCAAACUUGCUCUCGUGCUCAAACCAUCAUCUCCUACAUACUCCGCUUCUCUGCCCGUGAUCGUGGAUCUAACGAAAUAUACGUCUGGCAUCGCGCAUUGCAUUCAUCUUUUGAAUCCUAAUUUACAUGGGGCGACGCUUAUCAAGGAGCUGCAGCAUGAGGUGACAGCUAUUUUUGAGGCUUUGCGUGCAGUCGUGCAGACAUUUUUGAAUCUUGCUGCGCGUGGUCCGUCGAUAGCAAGGAAUGAUUCCGCAGAAGAGUAUCUUGUCCGGACAGGCACUCUCCACGAUCUAAUAACCCAAGCACGUGGACCCAAUGGGAUACCAAAGGAUAACAUAUCUGCCAUCCGUCGAAGAUGGAAGCAGGACCGAGCGGCUCUUGAAGAUAGUCUUCGAGAAGUAUCUGAAAUGAUAGACGGAGCCGAAGGGAGUGAAAACGAUGAUGUCGAUGACGGUUGGGAUGAGCUUGGUUUGGGCGACACAGGAGCGAAGAUGGACGGGGACGAGCUGGCGCGUGCAAAAAAUGUUCACUCCGUACUGCGGUUAACCACAUUAUUGCACAAGCGUAUAUUCUUGGAUCUACUUUCGUCCACACCUACCCCACCCGGGCCGCCUCCGAGCCUUGCUCUAGAUGCUUUACUUUUGCAGUCACACGCACUCCUUGCUGCGUCCGACGAAUUGGUCUCCUCGUUGUAUAUUCCUCAGAACCCCGCAACAAUCAGGAAGGAAUCGUUAGCGCUGCUCGAUAUAAUUAAUGGACUCCAGUUACAGCUGCGAAUAUUCUUCCCCGAUACGUCCUCCCUAGAACAACAGCUCUCCGGGCUCAGCAUCGAGGGAGAUAAGUCAGCGCCGACACCUAGCAAACCCACGGCAGACAAAAAGUGGUUUGAUCUUUGUUUCGACCAGGUAACAAAGACAUCCGCCAAUCUCGUGUCUCCUAUGUACAAGCCAUCCCCAGGGGUCGGCCAGAAACCAAGAUGAAAAAUGCUUCUGAAGUGUCAGUUGUGCAAGCAAUAGAGUAUA